GGUGCCAAGCAGGUCUCUGCUGUUGGUAAUGACAAAAAAUGUGCAUUCACAGUUGUCAUCUUGGUUGCCAAUGAUGGUACAAUGCUUCUGCUGCAAGCUAUCUAUCAAGGGCACUCAAAAAUGUCAUGUCUGAAUCCAUCAGCUGCAAACUAUGAAAAUUGCAUCAAGGAAAAUUUUCAUUUUGAGUUCUCAAAUACAAAAACAUACUGGUCGACACAAGCGACAAUGCAUACCUUGGUUGACAAGAUCAUUGCACCAUAUUUUGAGAGGAAGAAACAAGAGCUUGGCUUACCACAAACACAAACAUCAGUGUGGCAAAUUGAUGCAUGGUCAGUCCAUCAGUCCCUUUAA